GGCCUACGGCCAGAUCGGUCCCCGCCGCCACCACUAGCUGGCCUCCCACCAGAUAGCCGCCUUCCCCACUUGGCCUACGGCCGGAUCAGGCCCCCGCCGCCACCACUAACCUGCCGCCUCGCCGCCACCCACCCGCGCUCCCUGCGCUGAAAGUCUCCACCGUUAACACAACACAGUUCAAAGCAAUUACUUUGGGAAACCUUCUCUUUAUCACUGCGGAGGGAAAGGGGGAGAUCAGCAGGCAGACCACACCAGGCUCUGCAUCCCUUUUUGGGUUAAAUCCUGCUCUCCAAACUCUGCUUCACACCGGGUUGGAGCAGAGCUGUCUUUAAAAGGACCUGGAGGAGAAGAGGGCAGAGGUUACAGAAAGACCUGUGAGAUCACCAGUUUCUCGGAAUGUUCCUCUUCCUCAGAUUUUUGUGGGAGAGCUGUGACUUUGUUUGUGAUCUUGGUGAGAACACGGAGUCUGUGAGGUGAAGUGCAUCAGAAGGACAAGGAGUGAUAUUCGUUUCUACAUAUAUUGUAAUCUUGUAUUAUUGUAACAUGUUUAUACAUAACUGAUUAUUGCUUAAGUUGCCUGCUGUUGCUUUAGUUUUCUGUGCACACCUUAGAGAUACUUUCCAUGCUAAGUAUACGGUAAUAGAAUUGGAACAAAAAUAAUAAUCAAUGAAUGAAAUAAAACAGAACAUGUGUAAACUUUCCUUAUAGAAGGAGAACACUCUGUAAUCUGUUCUCAUACUCUGACAUUUAGGGGUUCCUAAGAAGUAAAUUUGAUGAUGCCUACGUCAGAGUAAAAUGCUCAAAAAUGGCUUCAGCAUGCCUUUUUUAGUCUGCGUAGGAUUUAGGGCUCUUCAAGCAAAUCCUGCCCUAAGCCAGGAAAAUGUCCCUCUCUGAUUUCCUGACCUCUUCCACUUCGUUAUAUUGUCCCACUGUAUUGGAAUAACAAUACAGUCCAUGGGGUCACGAAGAGUCGGACACGACUAAAUGACUAAACAACAACAACAACAUUGGAAUAACACAGUUACAGAUGUAAGAGUUUUGUUAGUGAUACUGAAGUCCUUCUUUUCUUUAGAUGCAAAGCUUUGCACUAAAUGCCCAGAAGAUCAGCAUGCAAAUCAAGUGCGAGACAAAUGUAUCCCCAAAACGAUAACAUUUCUGACUUAUGAAGAAACCUUGGGGAUUGUCCUGGUUUCCUUUGCCCUCUUCUUGUCCUUGACCACUGGCAUUGUGCUAGGAAUCUUCAUUAAAUACAAGGAAACUCCCAUAGUCAAAGCUAACAAUCGAGACUUAUCCUAUAUCCUCCUCAUCUCCCUCCUGCUUUCCUUUUUGUCCGCCUUCCUGUUCAUUGGCCGGCCAAGCAAAGUGACCUGCCUUCUCCGACAAACAGCCUUCAGCAUCAUAUUUUCAUUCGCUGUCUCUUCUGUGUUGGCAAAAACCAUCACUGUGGUGCUGGCCUUCUUGGCCACAAAGCCAGGGAACAAGGCGAGGAGAUGGCUGGGGAAGAGUCUGUCCAACUCCAUUGUCCUUUCCUGUUCUAGUAUGCAAAUUGUCAUCUGCACCAUCUGGCUGGGAAUUUCCCCACCCUUCCCAGACUCCGACAUGCACUCUCAAGUUGGAGAGAUAAUUCUUCUAUGCAAUGAAGGAUCUGUUGCCAUGUUUUACACUGUCCUUGGCUACAUGGGCUUCCUGGCGGCCAUCUGCUUCACGGUGGCUUUCUUAGCCAGGAAGCUUCCAGGGUCUUUCAAUGAAGCCAAGCUGAUCACCUUCAGCAUGCUGGUCUUCUGCAGUGUGUGGGUGUCCUUUGUGCCCACUUACCUGAGCACCAAGGGGAAGUACAUGGUAGCUGUGCAGGUCUUCUCUAUGUUGGCCUCCAGUACUGGGCUUCUGGGCUGCAUCUUCAUUCCCAAGUGCUACAUUAUCAUAUUCCAGCCAGAUCUGAACAUAAAAGCACAUCUAACUACAAAAAGUGAAGGAAUUUCUGAUUGUUAGCUUCACAUAAAAUAUGAUGUUGUUAACGUUUACCCUACCCUGGUUUGUGUCAGGGAAACUGGAAACAUUAUUAAGUCAUAGAACCACAAAUGAUAUAAGUGUGUGUGCAAUUGUCUUGCCACAAACCUCUUCACCCUUGAAAAUAACUCUAUGGAACAGUCUUAAAUUUGCAGAGGAAAACGUGUAAUCUAACAAAGUGAUAAUAUGAAUGGACCCUCCUUUUUUUGAAUUGUAAGUUUUAUUAUAUUAAUCCUAGUACAUUCUUAUAUACAUUAUAUACAUUUUUGUAUACGUAUACAAUA